ACUGUAGCUCCAGUCGACGCCGUUGAUCUCCCUUUCCAGAUGCCGUUGGCCCGUGAACCUGGCGCCAAGGUGCCGAUACAGGCAGUCGGCAUCCUUUUCCACCACCUGAUUAAAUUCACACCUCACCGGCCGGAAGCACAUACGAAGUAUCGCGUCUACUCGACCGUCAUUGUGGGCCUCGUUCUCACUUGGCUCACUCGACAGGCUGGCUUCGAGGAUCCAGACGAGCAGGCCGAAUAG